ACAGUUUUGAUCGCUCAGAUCCACUAUUCUAUUCCAUUCCAGUAUCACUGUCUAACGUUACACCGUCUGACACGUCUGACACGUAACGUAAAAUCGUUAAGAAAUUAUUAGAUGAUCCGAUUAAUGUAAUUGUGUGCCAUAUUCACGGAUAUUAACUAGUGUUUACAAGGGGAAACGUAGUCAUUUGCACAACUGAAUGCUUUCAUCCGAAAUGUGUCUUCUGCAUUUAACCCAACCCCAACCAGAGAGGCUGUAUUGAUCGACGCCCAGCGAGCAAUUGUUGUGGGGAUUAAAUGCCUUGCUCAAGGGCAGAACCUUGCCUGCUCGGGGAUUCGAGCAAGCAGCUUUUCAGUUACUGUCCCAACUCUCUAACUGCUAGACUACCAGUCACACAUAACUAUAUAGCCGUAUACUGUGCUGUUCUGACGAUGUAGGCUAUGAUCUGCUCUAGUUUCGAGCUGUUUUUCUGAACAUGGCCUCAGCCACAGACCACCUGUCUAACAUGUCCUCUUCUUAUUGUUGUAUUUUGUUCCUUUCCAGCUUUCAAGGUCUGUACUCCUCCUCCUGUCCCACAAUGCUUUAUCAGCAGGCCUUAAUGUCUGAGAGUCCAGUCCAAUCUUUUGUCAGGUUGGAUUCAUCUGAACACUACCUCAUUGUCAGCCAUAAGAGUCGGCCUUCUGAAACGAUGUCCAGAUCAGGCGAUAUACCAGCCCUGGAGUCUGGGACCUCAGAGGGGCAACUGGGAGGCCUGUCCCUACCUGUUGGCAUGACCCGCCGUGCCAUGAGCUAUGAUGACAACAUGGAGGCGCCCAUGUCGCCGCCUCCCUCUGAUAUCAACAUCAACAACCUGUGGGCGAAGAGGCCCGUCGUCCCGCCCAGGAGGUUCCGUCAUCAGGCUGAGGAGGAUGAAUCUGGAAGUACCCUAACCCACGCUGCGCCUUUUGACCCUGGCCACAGGCCAAAUAUGCCUGUCGUGGUGAAGGCCAAAGCAUCCUCCGUCAUCAUCAACUCUCUCAUGACCAAGCAAACCCAGGACAGCAUGUACAGGUUUGAGCAGCAGGCUGGGCUGAGAGACACUGGGUACACCCCCCAUAAGGGCCUCACUGCUGAGGAGACCCGCCACCACCACCGCAUGCCUGAGUCAUUCCAAAAAAUGAACAUUCCAACUGUGGAUAUGGGAGCGGGACAUAAGGGAGGACAUGAGGACAAGCAAACAUCAUCUGCUCAGUCCACCCCUAAUAGCACUCCUCAGAGCUCACCUAAACAGAACCGCAGGGGCUGGUUGUCCAGCCAGAGCUCGACAGCAUCUGUCAGUAGCUCAGACCUCAGUACCAGCUCUAACAGCAGUGUGGACAUGGGUGCCGGUGAGGGGGGAGGAGCAGUCGAGCGCUGGGGUAUCUUUGGACCACGUCCGGUUGUUCAGAAAUCCACUACCGACCCAGGGGGUUUUGCUCUCCAGUCGUACCGCGGGGCCCAGAAGCCCACCCCCAUGGAGGUGAUGAAGGCUCAGGCCACUCGGCUGGCUCUUGACCCUGCUGUUAACCAACAGGCCCCUCCCAAGAUGGAGAUCCCCAUCACGGAGAGCAGUAGACUGUCAGCACAGCCACACAAGCUCAAACCUCGAGACAUAAAUAUCCUCACGCCCUCAGGUUUCUGAGACGUUCCAUGUUGUCACUACUCCUUCAUUUUGUAGCUGGUCUACCAUCUAGUCCAAGGCUCUCCAACUCUGCUCCUGGAGAGCUACCGUCCUGUAGGUUUUCACUCCAACCUGAUUCAGCUUAACAACCAGCUAAUUAUUGGAAUCAGGACAGUGGUGCUCCAGGAACAGGGUUGGAGAGCCCUCUGGUCUAGACUAUUCUCUCCCUACUUCUAUUAAUUAACACCCUUGUUUUGCCUCAGCCUUUUGCCUUGUAAUAGAACCGUGUAUAUUUACUUUGUAUGUAUGGUCCGACUGUGAAGAUGUUCUGAUGCAUGGUGUUGCAAAGUGUAACUCUCACUGUUUUGACAAAGACCGUAAAAGUCACACUGUGUUCAUGGUUUGGUCAUUCAGUUGGCUUGUGAGUCUCAUUCAGAAGUACACUCUCACGAGCUUUUCAUUGUCUGCAGAUUUCUGUAAGAUGUAAUGAUUCACAUUUGUCUUCAAGAACAUUAUGGUGAUUAUUGUUCACCCUCAAGGAAGUGUUUUUUUUGUUUGUUUCCGUGUUUCCGCAUUCCUGCUGUCAAGUCGACCGUUUUGAAGUUGAAACACUGUCAGUAAAACCCUGCAACAGAAUGUUAAUAACGUUGCAUAUUAAUCAGAGAACUGUUACUAUUUGACUGACCCUGUUCAGGUAUUUUCACUUUUUUUUAUAUAUAGAAAAAGAUCCAUAUAUAUACCUCACCUGUGGUCUUUGUUGUAAAUAUCUGAUUAAAUAACAAUGCUAACAACAGUAAAAAAAAGUAUGGUUCCAUCUUCCAGAAUUUGACUGAACCAUCAACCUUCCAGAAACAGUGGAAAGAUAGUCAGCACUGCAGAGGUCAAAGAACCUGCCGGGGAAGGAUGGAUUUUCAUUGGGAUUUAGAAAUGUAUCUUUAGGUAAAUUUCAUAACCGUUUCUAGGGCAAGAUUAGUUACUGAUUGACAGGAAUAGAAACCUGCAGCUGUUGCACUGGGAUGUGAAGUGAUGGUCAUGUCUUCAGCAGAUACUAACUAUCGCCAGUAGGUGGAAUCCCACUCUUUGUGACACCAUCUGCACUGUGACUGGACAACUCACAGGCUGCAGUGCUUGGAUUUAAUUGAACCCUGUACAGUAUUGCUAUGUCAGCCUAUAUCUGUGCCCCUGACUGAUAUACUGCCCUGUGAGAUUCCCUCGCGUUUACUAAUUGUUAAUGAAGCCGGUGAAUAUCAAUAGCUCAGUUGUUCAUGUAAAACCAAUUGGCACAAACAGCCAGUCAGCUGAGAUUCCCUCUAUGCUUUAACAUAAUGGGUUUCCUCAGCCCCCCAUGGCUUCUUUCAAAGCCACCCUUCUUAUUGCCACAGGCACAACCCAUGCCUUCCAGUAAUCAUUCCCCUGCCCCCACCAAAUCUCUCCCAGAGUGACUGCAUAGCAUGUCAUUUCCUACACCUACGCGGUGAGCCCUAUGGGAUGUCUGGUGUUGAUCUGGAGACAGCGGCCCACCCUCGCCUCGGCCUGCUGCCCAGCCAGUGACUGAGCAUUUUGCUCUCUGACUUGCUAUUUGUUAUGGAGCAAAAACUCUGUGGGCCUCACCAAUAUAUCUGGGGGAGAAGGCGAUCAUAGUCAAAUCUACACAAAGGAACUCUCGCCCGCAAUCUUGAUGCAACAAGUAACAUUUUUCUAUUGGCUGUCACUUGGAUUCAAAGGCUUUUAUGAUGCAUUGGUUCUUACCUUUAUCUUCAAGAAUCUUUUCUAGAUCACCCACACUAAGUUAAGCAAUAGUUGGAAUUGUCAGUUUUGGUGGGGACGUCAGCUCACCAUGAAAUCACCAUGGGAACGUUCAUGGGAAGGGUUUCCUAAUAAAAAUAUAUGUUCUUUA